GGGGAAGAAGUGAGAGCCUGCUCUAUAAAUAGCCCCGUCAAAAUUUCCACUCACACACACACAGACAUAUCAUCAAACAUAUAGCCUAAGAGCCAACCAGUCAGCCAUUUUCCUCUUUCUCUCUCCUUUGUUUUCUCCCCUCCCCAAUGGCCGAUCAGCUCACUGACGAUCAGAUCUCUGAAUUCAAAGAGGCCUUCAGCCUCUUCGACAAGGAUGGAGACGGUUGUAUCACUACCAAGGAGCUUGGAACAGUCAUGCGUUCACUGGGCCAGAACCCAACUGAAGCUGAGCUGCAGGACAUGAUAAAUGAGGUCGAUGCUGAUGGCAAUGGGACAAUUGAUUUCCCAGAGUUCCUCAACCUUAUGGCUCGGAAGAUGAAGGACACUGACUCUGAGGAGGAGCUCAAGGAAGCCUUCCGAGUUUUUGACAAGGACCAGAAUGGCUUCAUUUCUGCAGCUGAGCUUCGCCAUGUUAUGACAAAUCUUGGCGAGAAGCUGACAGAUGAGGAAGUUGAUGAGAUGAUUCGCGAAGCUGAUGUUGAUGGUGAUGGGCAGAUCAACUAUGAGGAGUUCGUCAAAGUCAUGAUGGCCAAAAGGAGGAAAAUGAGGGUAGAAGAGAAAAGCAAGUCAAAGAAAUUAGGCAGGGCCAAGAACUCCAAAAAGACGUCUGCACACUGCACCAUCCUCUAAAAUCGCCCACCGAAUACCCUGGUAUUCUCCCUUCUCUUCCAUGUGUUUUCCAUAUUUCUAUACAAAAUGGGAUAAUGGAGUUGGGCUCAAUUUCCUUUGGGUCCAACACUUUUUCACCCCAACCACAAUAAAUUUCUUUCUUUUAUCAUUUUGAUUUUGAGUCAAAUGCUUUGGACCUUUCUUCUUCGAUGAAUGCUUUGGUCUUACAAAUCAUAAAUAGUAAAAGAAAAUAAAGCAUCUAAAAUCUAUUAUACUUUAAAAAUAUUUCCUUGUCAUGUAAGUAUCAAUUUGGUCUAGGAGUCUUGUGCAUGAAAUAAUUUACAUUUGAGUUUGCUAAUCAAUGUAAAUCAUCUGAUUUUUAUUAUUUAAAAAACAUACAAAUUGUAUUGUGCUAAUUAUAUGAAGAAAAUCUAGUUAAGUUCAUAUGAUCCUCUAAAUAAUCGAAAUCUAGUUCAAUCAUAAUCCUGUGAACACCAAAUAAUUGUUAUUUUAAUGACUGUUAACACAUUUGCACAUUUUCUGGGUAGAAACUUUUCCUGGAAACCACUAGGGAAAUGCAAAAACAAUCCAAGGUAUCCCAAAAGGCUUUCUUGUUUGAUUAAGGUGGAAAACAAUUUUUCUUGCUCAUCCUCAUUUCCACUGACUAGGGUUUCAUAACCUAGACCCAUGAUCCUUUGUUCGACUUGCUCAUCUUCUCCUCCCACUGUCCCACAACAUAACACUCCCAUCUCAUCCAACACAAGCAUUUUCAGCACAAUAAGCCCAAGGAACAGAUACCCUAUCUUAAAGGACCAUUUUUCCCAACUCAAAAUUGGAGUUAAGCCAAAAUCCUCAUUCACAAUCCCAAGCUGAACCACUUCAUAUAUGCUUCCAACACAGAGUUCAGUGAAUGAGCAGAUUAGGAAACAUAUAGAUAUAUAUCACAUACACUACAGGGAAUUUUCUGCAUAAGAAGCUAAUUUGGGUGUUCCCACUUGUUUUAAAAUGCAGAAUGCAAGGAACAAUGGAGGAGGCGUUCUAGCAUGAGCUCAGAAGCAGGCAAGGUUGAUGACAAUAAAA